UUUUUUUUUACUUGGUUGAAUAGAUAAGAUUGUUAUACACCUUCAUUUUUUUCCUAUAUAAAACUAAUACGAUUUGGAAUCAACAUUUUAACUGUUAAAUCAACUCUCACACUUGUGGUCUAUUGACCGGUCAACAGUUUACGAACUGUUAACCGGGCAAUAGUCUGCCUUAUUUCCAUUGGCUACGCAAGUCACGUGAUUCUCGGCCUGCUGCUCUGUUUACGUCAUGACGAGGUUCAGUGAUUUAACUGAUGAUGAAAUACAAAAUUUAUUAGAUGAAACGCUAAGCAGGAAUAUGAAAAAUGUGAUGAUUGAUUAUGAAUUCGGAUAUUGGAUUAAAAAUGGCGGACUUGCUGAAGCCGACGGAAAGUAGCCGGAUGAAGGAGAGAACAUUAACAGACUCCAAAAUCGCGCUCAAAAAGGAAAAGUCAAGCAUGAGUGUAGACAGUAACAAAACAGGAAAUGACCUCAAUAAUUUAAAAAACGGAAAUAUCUUAAUUGAAAGUGACAUACCAAAAGAUAAUGUGAAAACAGAUGAUCAGAUCAACAGAGAUUCAAUUGAAAAGGACAAAAUUCCGGUGCACAAUAAUAGCGCGCUUGGUGACGUUCUACAACAGGCUUUGUCCUUUGAGGAAAAUGACCUUGACGAAUAUGACCCAGAUUUAUUCAUAACAGAGGAAGAAAAGAAAGCGUUUGAGUAUAUGUUAGAACAGAAACGAGCAGAGAUUGUGCAGCGGAAGGAAGAUUUUGAGAAAUGGGUGGAUACGAUCACCAGACGUCGAAUGUUUGCGCUAAGCAGAAUGAGAAAAAUAAACAUAUCGAACGGAAAGAGAAAUAAACUCUACGGUAAAUUAGAAAAAUUCAUCACAGACGUUUAUAGCGAAAAUGGCGAUAACUCUAGAGGCUCCACCCCCGGGGAUGAAAACGGAAAUGUAUCCAAACAAAGUACUAAUAUAAAAACCGGAUCCGUUGUGCAAAAUAACGUGGAGAUGGACGGACAACGCGCAUCACUACUCAGUCGGGAGGACACGGGAUUUGUUUCACGUGACAACGACCCGUCCAUGAAACCAGUUCAAGAACAGACGCCUCUAGUGGCUCCAUUACAUUCGUGAUGGAAGCUGUAUGACGUCAUUUGGUCUUGCCUUUAUAGUUCUAUUGGUCAGGAUCAGUUCGCGGCACUGUGCAUGCGUUGUUUUGCUAAUGAUGUGGUGGUAAAAUCCGUUUUGGAGUAUAGAAGCUGGGUUUGGUUUCAUAGCGAGGCACUUUUUUAUGAGGUGAAACGUUAUUGUGAUUCUCUAUCUGAAGGAAACAUCGCGUGAGAUGGUAUAGCUGGUGCAUGUAUCAGCUGAUUCAGACUUGUUGAAUAGAUAGUACUGUAUUUGAGAUCAAGAAAUAUUAAUAAAAGAUGUUACAUAU